GUCUAUUGCAUGCAUUCAUUCUCGAAAGCCCCCCAACUGUAUCUCUAUUUAAUGAGAGGGAGAGAUAGAGAGUGUGUGUGUAUGCUGGCUGGCUUAGUUUGGUCGAAGACUUGAAGGGAGUACUCCGUGUUUGUGUACAUGUGUGUGUGUGGGGGGGGGGAGAGAUAUUAAAAGAGCAUGACGGAGGAGCUGAAAGACGGUACCGUGGAAGCAAAUGAGCUGCAAGACAAUGGCAGCUUGGAAAUGGAAAGCAACGAGAUCGAGAAAAGCAAAGUGGGUAUCAUGAGGGCCGUCGUCGAGGCAGAAGAUCCCUCUGCCAAGGAAAUGGACGAUUUCAUGAUCCGGAGAUUUCUGCGGGCUCGUGAUCAAGACAUUGAGAAGGCUUCUAAUCUCUUCCUGAAGUACCUGCGCUGGAGGCGGGCAUUUGUCCCUAAUGGCUUCAUAUCCACCUCGGAGAUUCCAAAUGAAUUAGCCCAUGACAAGCUGUUUAUGCAAGGCCUGGAUAAGAAGGGACGCCCAAUAGUAGUUUGCUUUGGUGGCAGGCAUAGGCAGAACAAUAUAGAGGAGUUGAGGCGUUUUGUGGUCUACAGUCUAGACAAAAUAUGUUCCAGAAUGCCGGGAGGGCAGGAAAAGUUUGUGUGUAUUGGAGAUCUUGAAGGAUGGAGAUACUCUAACAGUGACAUUAGAGGAUACCUCGCAGCUCUCUCAAUCUUGCAGGAUUGCUUCCCCGAGAGGCUAGGCAAGUUAUUUAUAAUCCAUGUGCCUUACGUAUUCAUGACUGUAUGGAAGGUGGUUUACCCAUUUAUUGACAGCAAAACUAAAAAGAAGAUAAUUCUUGUUGAGAACAAAAAGCUGAGAUCAACCUUACUGAAUGACAUUGAUGAGAGCCAGCUGCCAGCUGCAUACGGAGGCCAACUACCAUUGAUCCCUAUCCAAGAUGCUUAACUUAUUUAGGAGCAAUAUUGCUGCUCUUUCAUUCUAUAUCUUGUCAUCUUCAAUCAUACUUGUUGAUGUGGCGCAUUUUCAUUGGCUUCACAUCUCAACUACUCAUGAGAGCCAUUUAAAAUGUCACAUGGUAAGUGAUUAAAGAUGAUUACAAAAUAGCAGCUGUCUUUAUAUUAAUGCGGACUCUCUCUUUUCUUCUCUACUACCUACCUAUUGACUUAAAAUUAAAUGAGUAGGAACCACAUAGAUAUUGUAUCCGUCUGAUAUUUUUGAGAUUUUACGGCUGCA